GAAAUCCCGGAAGUUCAACAGCAGCCGACUUUCAGUUUUCUCCAUUUGUGAUUUAGUAAUGGCGUCUUCUCUGGCUCAGUACAUACAGUUUGAGAAUUGGACGCCGCAAGAAGUCACAAGCUGGCUAAGUGGUUUGGACGAUGCUGUGUCACAAUAUGUUGAAUGCUUUAAGGAGAGGGGUGUGGAUGGCAAAAAACUGAUGAUGCUGAAUCAUGCUGACCUAGAGAAGCUAGGAAUUAGAAAACUUGGUCACCAAGAACUUGUGCUUGAGGCAGUUGAUCUGCUGCGCUCAUUUCGCUACACCUAUGAUACAGAGAACCUUCAGUCACUCGCAUUACAGUUAGGCUGCAAGUCUCGUAGUCUCUUGAAUGAGAUUCAGGCACGGCAUGGUGAAAAUGACAAAAAUAGAGCCAACAUCUUGCGUGGAGAAAUGAGGGCUAAGCGUCUGUCCAUCACAGUAUUAUCCUACAUAGCAGACCUGCUUUCUACCCUUAAACAUCUUGUUUCAUGGCUAGACAGGGCACCAUUUGAAGGAAUCUAUGAUAUCUGCAGACUGCGUAAUUCCAUUGUAAAACUAGGGUUGGAUCUUGUCAUUGUCACACAACGGGAAUCAAGUUUUGUUGAUCCUGAAGAUGCAAUCAUGAAAACUUGCCGAGUUAUCAUGGAGACAUGUGACGGACUGGUCAUGAAUUCAAAAGAUCCUUUGGUUGUACAGCCAGCAUCACUUGAAUUAGCUAUCAUUCGCAAGAAGCAGGGAGAAGAACUGGGGAUGAAUAUUCAAUCAGCUUACAAUGGGGUCCAUGCAAUCAGCAGCAUAAAGGAGUUGUCUCCAGCUGAUAUGUGCAGUAAGAUUGAAAAAGGUGAUGAAGUUUUGCAAGUUAAUGGUCAGACAGUGCUGGGUUGGCAACUUCAGCAACUUGUCAGAAUUCUAAAGGACAAACCCAAAGAGGUGACCCUGUUGCUAAAAAAACGACCUCGCCACAUCAACCCUCUGGGUGCAAUGGCAAACCACAAACGACUGGCAGCCAAGCACACGCAGCAAGCUGCCACAUUACCAAAGUCGUUGAAAAAGCGGAGAUCCCGAGAAGGCGAUGCAAAACAAGCACGACCCUUGCUUCAGGAUUUUGUCCCUGCAAGUGACAUUUACAUUACCAAAGAUUCUCCUGCAAAUGAUGGCGAUGGAAAUGACACAGAUAACGAUGUUUUCCGGAGUGGCUCUGAAUCCCCCCAGUACACUUUGCCUGUCAUGCCAGAUGCCAAACAUCGGCGUGCAACAGUGAGUGGGGGUUCCCCAACCUUUGAGCGACCUUUGCUUAUUGUUGAGGAUCUUGAUGCUGUCAUUCGACCAAAAUCACAAGCAAUAAACCAAGCUGAACGCCAUGCUGCUCUGGCAGCACUAGCUGCCGCUGAGAAUACUUUAAAACUAAGCAUGGGUGAUGACAAGAAGGGAGAGACAUUCAAGCUCGUGGGAAAUGGGAAAAUAAUCUCUGCAACUUCUGAAAAUGGGGAUCAGCACAAGGUGGCAACAGAAUCUGAGACUGAUGAUUCUGUCUUUGCAUCUGACAAAGAGGACAAAGAUCCACCAGGAAUAAAGCCAGUAACCUCUAUAGAGGUUAAGCGCCAGGAGUUUAGAGUGACAAAGCCCAAACCUGUACUUCUGGAGAUGCCUUCCAACAAGGUUUCCGCCAUGCCUGAAGCUCCUCGAUCAGCAGGGUACCUGACCAGUUCUCAUUCCUCAAGGUCAAAAAACCGACCCCCAUCACCUGUCUCUGCUCCUCCGAAACGCAAGAAACCUCCGUCUACAGCGUCCAUGUCACCCAAAGAAGGGGUGACAAAGAGGCUCUCAUCUUCUGAGGAGAAGAGGAUGGAGCUUCAGCCAUUGGAAGCUGUUGUUGCCGAUGGUUCUGCUUCUGGAUUGGUAGCUGCCUAUCCUGUGGAAAGUUCUGGAGCUACCAUGUCUCUGCCACCAGACGCUGAAGCAGCCAACAUAGUAAACAAUGCUUUGGCAGGAAAAAAUUCAAGUGCUGGAAUCCAAAGGUGGUGCUGGAGGCCCCUCAGAUUGUCCCCUGACAACCGUCCUUUACAUAUACAGUGGGGCAUUCUCACAGAGGUUGCGACAGAUACACAGACUAAGGACAUGCCGCAACUGAUGAAAAUAAAAAAGCUGGACUCUCCAAAAGCAGCUGAACCUACAGAGAAUAGUCCGCAAGAAAUCAGCUACACUCACAUCAUUGCUGGAGGAGUAGUUCAGAAGAUACCAACAGAUAAGGCACAUUCAAUGAAAGUAGAGUCACCACCAGUGAGAAUGCGACAGAAGUCUGGAAAUCGAAGACUAGGUGAGUUUGUUGACCGGCGAGUUUCAUGCAAGGACCUUGGCAAAGGUGACUGUGAAGGCUGGCUGUACAAGCGCAAGGAGAAAGACCGAGUUUUGGCCAAACACUGGAGCAAGCGAUGGUGUGUCCUCAAGGAUCUCAAUCUCUACUACUACAAAGAUAAGAAUGAUCUGAAAGCAGAAGGGGUUAUUUACCUCCCAGCAUUCCAAGUGUCGCCAGUCCCUACCCUGAAAACCAAAAAAUUCUUGCCAGAAGAUGUGAACAGCGCAUUUAAAGUGCACAAUUCUGGAACAGCAUUCUACUUUGCGUCAGAACGUCAGGAUGACAUGAGCAAGUGGAUGAACAAGAUGGGGCUGGCGGCUAUCAGCUUUGACACCAGCAACAUGGUGACAACUGGUGGCUUUAUCAAGCCAGAGCCGCGAUCAAACCACCUUGGAAUGGCCAACAUCUACUACAGUGAGAGCGAGGAGAAAUAGAAGAGACUUUAGUUCACCAUGGCAGUGCCCUUUCCCUCAACAGUCUUUCUUCUGUGGGGAGUACAAGCACAACUCACUCAUCACCUCCAGCAUUUCGAAGAGCUGGGGUGCUAGGGGACAGCAGAAGUUGCCAGCAAGGAGCAGCAGGUCUUGUAGAUCACUCACUCCAUGGUGCAGGGCUACCUGGCACCAAAGAAACUAUCCAGGACUCCAAAGAGGAAUUUUCGCAAAGUAUGGAGGAUCUUGGCACUAUUCUGAGGGCCAUACAGCACCAGGAUCUAACCAUUGAUGGCGCCAACCUUCAGAAAAGGCGCACUUGCCACAUUACCAGCAUGGAGAUGGGAGGGUUGGAGCCACAGGUGGCUAGAGCCAGGAAGCUGCAUGCUUUGCGCAGAACCCUGAAGGCGAAGGAGCAGGAAGUCUGGGCUAUUGACCGCUUGUUUGAGACUGGAACCACAGGAAGGCAGCUGCAAGAUUUUGUUGCAAGCCACUACCCAGAUGCCUACAGGCAGUUUUCACAAAUGCAAAAGAGAUCUAAAAAGUACUAAUUGAGUGCAUUUCAGCUCUCAAGAGGACGAAAAUGAAAAAAAAGAAGAUAAAAAUGUCAAGAUCUCUGUGAAGAAGAUAGGAUAACUCUUUACAGGCUACUUCAACAUAUAGUUGAAAAGUGUCUUCAGCAUUCAAAGAGUUAAUCCAGAAUUUGCUCAGAAUCCAUGCUGCCAGUGUUAAUGGAAAUAUGGCACCAUCAUGAGUCUACAAACAGCAAAAUAAAGUGGAACAUGGAAUGUUUCAUUGUAUGUUCAAUAAGUCCAACUAGUUGUCUUCUUUUAGAGGUAUUAAGAUAAUCUAACACCUGCUGAUAUAUAUAUACUAUUUAUUCUGCAAUCGUGCGACACAAGAGGAGUGGGUAACUGUGAGAUGGUGGAUGACACUGCAUCAUCUAUAACUGGAAAAGACUUCUCACAAAACUAUACUACAAACAGAAAAUUGCUUACACAACAUGAGUAAAACAGGAGCCAAGUUAUGCACUGGGCUAUCUACUCCAUGCAGUACUCAAAAUCUGACAGCAAUAUGUAUGCAGAAACCUGAAAGAAAACAUUACACCUGAGUUUUAGCCAGCAGCCUGCUGUCAGGGUGAUCUGACAACGCUAGAAAUGGGAGGAGUGGUUUAGCCAUCUACAUUUUCACUUUGGUGAUUAAAAAAUGAUAUCGGGUUUCUCUGGAAAGUUUCGCAGUUUCCCUCAUCUUGCAAUAGUGGUGUUGACUUGUUGCCUGCUCUACAAAGUCUUGUGAUAUUAGACUAUCUUUUCUAUACUAUGCUUGACCAUGGUUUGUUUUGUGACCGCUCGUGAAAGAGCAUUGAUUUAGGUAAUCAUUUUUUAAAAAAACUUUGAAACUUUUAAAUUCAUCUCACAUAUAUCUGCAGUCUUAUUAAGACUGUGCAUAUCAUCACUACCAGGAUGAGCAUCCCUGCAAGUUACUCUGGCUAGGCAGAAGGCAUAUAUCAGAAUUUGUAUGUGAACAAUUUAUGCACUUUUGUUUACUUGUGAUAAGAGGACAUCUAGUUUGUUCUUUCAAGUUGACGGUGUCCAAAACAACUGAUGUUACAGUGCCACGAAGUGUAAAUCAUUUAUGAUUUGUCUUAAUUUUUCACUUUUUGGUGACAUCAGUACUUAAAUACAUAUUUACUCUUCAGCUGCAAAAGUGCUACAUUGAAUUCAAAGCAUAGAAAUUCCAAACUUCAUUUAUGCAAAUAAUGUCAAAUGUUUUGUGGCCAUGUCUGCUCGACUUUUUCUUGAGGUUUAAAAUAAAUGUGCAGAUACUU